GCAUACCCAGUCCUUUGGGUGCUAAUUCGGGAGUCAAGCUUUUUCAAUAGAACGAAAGUUAUCGGUGGCUUGGGAUGCCGGGGAAGAUGGGAUGGGAUGGGAUGGGAUGGGAUGGGAUGGGAUGCCCCAUCCCGAGCCGUUUCCGGCAGUUUGGUUGGUGUUGACCGCCGGCCUCGUGGCGUGGUCGUCUUGGGUAGGAGCUAUGGCUUGUGGGGAUAAGCUUCUUUGCCAAGGGACUAGGGGCCACUGCGCCUGGUCUGCCAUUUCCCGGGUUUUUUUUCUUUUUUUCUUUUUUUUUUUCUCUUUUACUUCUCUAGUAGGUAAGGUAGGAAGAAUUCCUUCUUUGGGUCACCUGUCCGAUGCAUCGCAAGUUACGGGUUGUUCAUCUCAUUCCUGUCCGUAUCUGAAUUCUGGAACGAAAAGAGAGGUUGGGCUGUCGCGGUCAUCGAAUAAUACUUGGAGAAAUUCGACUGCUGAAGCGCGUUGGGGUUGACGUUUCGCGUUUAGGACAACACGUGACUGGCCCAUGAGAUGAGACGAAGGCUCGACGAUGGAGCCUCGAAGCGUAUUUGCCCAGUGUGGCAACUGAAUGUAAGGACGAACUACCUAAACCAGUUAUACUAGGAGA